AUGCCUCGAUACGAGCUGUCGCUGAUCCUGAAGAUGAUGCAGCGACCGGAGACAGCGGCCGCCCUCCGCCGGACAGUGGAGACUUUGAUGGAGCGGGGCGCUGUGGUCAGGGACCUGGAGAACCUGGGAGAGAGACUGCUACCCUAUAAGAUAACCAAACACAACCAGAGGCAUACCCGAGGGGCUUACUUUCUCAUCGAUUUCUACGCAGCCCCCAACAUCCUCACAGGUUUAUUGGAUCACCUGCACCGCGAUGUGGACGUAGUGAGGCCCACUGUGCUGAAGAACGACUCUCAGGUUUCCAGUCACAGAUGCUGUGGGCCCCAACAGUGA